AUGGCGAAUAAACCAAAACCUGUUCUAGUACUUCUAGGUGAAGCCUCUACUGGUAAAUCUAAUUUAGUACUCAGAUAUGUUAAUGAUGAAUUUAUGGAAGAUAAAGAACCGACUAUUGGUGCUGCUUUCUUUACAAAAAAGUGUCGUCUUGAAGAUAAAUUAAUUAAAUUCGCAAUCUGGGAUACUGCUGGUCAAGAAAGAUUCGAUCCCCUAGCUCCAAUGUAUUAUCGAAAUGCUCAGGCAGCUAUAGUUGUCUAUGAUGUAACGAAGGCUGCCUCACUUGACAAAGCUAAAUUUUGGGUAAAAGAAUUGCAACACAAGGCAAAUCCAAAAAUUGUUAUUGCUCUUGUAGGUAAUAAAAUAGAUCAAGUUCAAGAAGAAUCCGGUAAGAGUGUGAGACAAGUACCCACUGAAGAGGCUAGAGCCUACGCCCUUAAAGAUGGCUUGCUAUUUUUUGAAACUAGUGCAAAAAAAGGAGAUGGUGUGCGGGAAGUUUUCGUAGAAAUUG